GGGCCUGGGGGCGCCUAGGCAGCGGCGCAAGCUUGCGCCAGCUCAGUAGCCAGGACCCAAAUUGCACAAAUGUUGGGAUGGAGAAUAAGUCAUUGAGCGACAUAUUGAUCUCUAAAUUUGACCUUUAUCUUUUGUUCUUGGCAAGCCUGCUUUGGAGUUAGCGCCUUAGUUUUAGUGACUGCUUUGCUGGCGGAUGGGGCUUAGCCCAUGGUUAGCCUCGCUCGCUGGAGAUCAAAACAAUCAAGGUCCUGAAAUUUCAAUAAGCCAAUCAUCCUCGAAUCACGAAUUGUGCGCCAGCAUGGCUGGCAAAUCAUUCGGAUUGAACAAGUCCUUGGAUGUGUCGGAUGUGUUGUGUCACAUUUGUUUGAGCAUUCUCAUCGAACCCGUGACCAUGCCCUGCCAACAUCGCAUGUGCAAGGUGUGCUUCCACAGGAAUCUCGAAGUCAACAGCCUGUUGUGUCCCAUGUGUAAGAAGCGCAUUGGGACUUGGGCUCGCCGCCGAAAGGAUCAUGAGCUCGUGGAUCAGGAAUUGUGGCGCCAGAUCCAAGACCAAUUUCCCCAACGGGUCGAGACCAAAUUGGCCGGGAUCGAAGAGGAUGCCGAAGAUUUGGAAGACCUAUUUCCCUGUGUGCCCACUCACCAGUACACGGAUCAAGGGGAUAUCAAGGCUGAGUUUGAAGCUGAAUUGCAAAAAGCCCGCCACGUCCAAGAUCAUGCCAGAGUUCAAGCCGAAGCCUUGAGCUUGGAGCUCAUCCAACAACUUCAAAAACAAGACCAAGCCGAGCAGGCAUCUCAGUCAUCAUCAUGUGCAGGUACGCCCAAACCGCCCACCAAACGGAAAUCUAGUUCCGAUCAAAGAACCCUGGAUAGUUUUUUAGCUCAGGGGGAGCGAAGGACUCGGAUUGCGUCCGAUGUGAGUGAAGCUGGCACUUCACAAUUCGACAAUAUCUUGCCUUCUUGGCUCGGGGACGAGGCCAUUACUGAGGAUGUGUUGCGAGAGCAACAGGAGGCCUUGGCUCAAUUGGCCAGAUUGCGAGACGAUGAGGCCAUGGCUCGGGUGCUCAACGAGCAAGAGAAGCAAAGGAUGUCGCCUUCGCCGCGGUCUUUGCGAUCGACGGUGCUCACACCCAAUCGCAGAGGGGCCCAAUCGAAAAUCGGUGCCAAGAAAUCAGCCACUCCCUCGAGUAAAUCCAGGGCCAGUGCCACCAAGAAGUUGAAGCAAUUGUCACUUUUAGAAUCAUUUCAUGCUAGUGCAGACUCCUAAACGAAAUAUUUAAAGGUUAAUUUUGAUUGUCUGUGAUAAUUGGCCUCAAGUAUUUGUGAACAACAUAUCUAUCACUGCC